ACGCGCUCGCUGCGUCGACGUGCUGACGCCAGGACGCCCGGCCGGUGUGUGUCUGUGUGUGUGUGUGUUUGUGUGCGUGUGUGCGCGCUCCCAGAGUGUGUAUUUGUGUAUCGGCGGUCCCGCAGGUCCCGGAUGUUGCGGACAGUAUGAGGCGAGCGCAGGGGCUCGGGGACCAGCAGCUGUCGCCGCCGCUCUCAGAAAUUUCCUGCUAGACAAGACAAAGUUUUCCUACUGACUUGACUUGAGUGAAGAAAAAAAAAAGAGAGAAAACUUUGGCCCCUGACUGGAAUCUCGCUGAACCUUCAAACUGGCGAUGUCAAGGGUUCCAAGUCCUCCACCUCCGGCAGAAAUGUCGAGUGGUCCCGUAGCUGAGAGCUGGUGCUACACACAAAUCAAGGUAGUGAAAUUCUCCUACAUGUGGACCAUCAAUAACUUUAGCUUUUGCCGGGAGGAAAUGGGUGAAGUCAUUAAAAGUUCAACUUUUUCAUCAGGAGCCAAUGAUAAACUGAAAUGGUGUUUGCGAGUAAACCCAAAAGGGCUAGACGAGGAAAGCAAAGAUUACCUGUCACUGUACCUGCUGUUGGUCAGCUGUCCAAAGAGUGAAGUUCGAGCAAAAUUCAAAUUCUCCAUCCUAAAUGCUAAGGGAGAAGAAACCAAAGCUAUGGAGAGUCAACGAGCUUAUAGGUUUGUGCAAGGUAAAGACUGGGGUUUCAAAAAAUUCAUCCGUAGAGAUUUUCUCUUGGACGAGGCCAAUGGGCUUCUCCCUGAUGACAAGCUCACCCUCUUUUGUGAGGUGAGUGUGGUGCAAGACUCUGUCAAUAUUUCUGGCCAAAAUACCAUGAACAUGGUGAAGGUUCCGGAGUGCCGACUGGCUGACGAGUUAGGAGGGCUGUGGGAGAAUUCCCGGUUCACAGACUGUUGCCUGUGUGUGGCCGGCCAGGAGUUCCAGGCUCACAAGGCUAUCUUAGCAGCUAGAUCUCCAGUUUUUAGUGCCAUGUUUGAACAUGAGAUGGAAGAGAGUAAAAAGAAUCGGGUGGAAAUUAAUGAUGUAGAGCCUGAAGUUUUUAAGGAAAUGAUGUGCUUCAUUUACACGGGGAAGGCGCCCAAUCUCGACAAGAUGGCCGAUGAUCUGCUGGCAGCUGCUGACAAGUAUGCCCUGGAGCGUCUGAAGGUCAUGUGUGAGGAUGCCCUCUGCAGUAACCUCUCCGUGGAGAACGCGGCAGAAAUUCUCAUUCUGGCUGACCUCCACAGUGCAGAUCAGUUGAAAACUCAGGCAGUGGAUUUCAUCAACUAUCACGCUUCAGAUGUUCUGGAGACCUCCGGGUGGAAGUCGAUGGUGGUGUCACAUCCCCACUUGGUGGCUGAAGCAUACCGUUCUCUGGCCUCAGCACAGUGCCCUUUCCUCGGGCCCCCACGUAAACGCCUGAAGCAGUCCUAAGAUUCUGCCCGUUAUGAGACUCCAUUUAUUUUCCAGAAGCAGCAGCCACUGUUGCUGCCACUGACCACCAGGUAGACAGAGCGAUCUGUGGAGCCUUUACUCUGUUGUGGGGGAAAGACUGCCUUGUGGCCCCACACUUAUAAAACAGCACUAAAUAACUUAGGGGAGCGGGGGGAGGGAAGGGCCCAGGACUUGGGGCUACUCAACCGAAUGAAAACCCUGUUGCUGCGUCAUCGUGUUCCCUUUGGCCUGGCUGAGUUUGACACUGGGAUUCAGUUUAGGCGCUGGCCCCGAGCACAUCCCAGCAAUGGUACUCUGGAGAAUCCUGCCUGCAUCUAACUGAGAAGAACAAAUCAUCAGGUGCCUGGAGCAAAGAGGAAAAAAAAAAAGGAUGUUCAGUUUUAAAAGAAGGGAAAAGAAAAGGAAGAUUUCAAAAAUCAGUUUGUGGAGUCCAAUAAUAUUUAUGUUGAGAAGCAAAAUUUAGCCCUUCCAACUGUUCUAAACCUCCAAUAUUUGUGAAAACUCCUCGCUACUAUACAAGUGUCCGAAGAGCUCUCUCGAUGUCAGCACUUAACGUUUGCAAGAACAGAAUAUAUCCUUUUAUCCUCUUAUGGAAAGAGACAAAUGAAGGCAAAGGAAGGAGGUUAUAUGAUCUGGAAGAUGAAUGUUGUGAGGAUAGUGGCUUUUGCAAAAGUCUUUAUUGGUGAUGAAAACUGGAAAAACCUGAUCACCCAGAAUUCAUACUGUCUUGACAAAGAACUAUGGUUCUGUUUUUAAAUAUCGUGGAAAAUGUUUUUUGGCAUUUUUCUUUGAUCUUAUUUCUCUUCCCUUCCCCCUCUCAUUUUCUAAAAACAAACAAACAAAAAACACUUCCAGAAAACACAUAAAGCAAUUAAAGAAAAGGAAAUUUUAUUAUUAUUGCUAUGUGAAACAAAUCCCAGCCCAGACUGCUCAGCUGUUAAUACCUGACUCGCCACCUGCAUAGGAGCCAGUCCUGUUACUUCUGAUUAGCCCUCUUCCUACAGGAGAGAACUUCCAAAUGUUAAAAAUUUUUUUUGAAAAUAUAAAUAAUUACUAUUUUGUA